GUUUCUUCUGUCUCAUCACUCUCAGGAUCAGAUCUUAGCUACAUUGAGACAAGCUCAAAAUGAGUAAGCUUCAGAGUGAGGCCGUUAGAGAAGCCAUCACUCUUAUCAGAGGGAAGGCGGAUGAGAAGAAACGUAACUUUGUCGAGACUGUUGAGCUCCAGAUCGGUCUGAAGAACUAUGAUCCUCAAAAGGACAAGCGUUUCAGUGGUUCUGUCAAGUUACCACACAUCCCCCGUCCCAAAAUGAAGAUCUGCAUGCUUGGAGAUGCCCAGCAUGUCGAGGAGGCUGAGAAAAUGGGGCUGGAAAAUAUGGAUGUUGAGUCUCUUAAAAAGCUUAACAAAAACAAGAAACUCGUUAAGAAGCUUGCCAAGAAAUACCAUGCUUUUUUGGCCUCUGAGUCCGUCAUUAAGCAGAUUCCGCGUCUUCUUGGUCCUGGUCUCAACAAGGCAGGAAAGUUCCCAACUCUUGUGAGCCACCAAGAAUCCUUAGAGUCAAAGGUGAAUGAGACUAAGGCAACGGUGAAGUUUCAGCUGAAGAAGGUUCUGUGUAUGGGAGUUGCAGUUGGUAAUCUCUCAAUGGAAGAAAAGCAGAUCUUUCAGAAUGUUCAGAUGAGCGUCAACUUCCUCGUCUCUCUGUUGAAGAAGAACUGGCAAAAUGUCAGGUGUUUGUACCUCAAGAGCACAAUGGGACCACCACAAAGAAUCUUCUGAGCUCUCACCUUCUUGAAUGGUGGUUAUAAGACACACUUCUUGCCCUUUGUUUUAAUUUCCAGACAUCUGUGAAACAGUGUAAGAGUCGUCUUGUUUACUCUCCUCCCUUUAGCUCGUGGUUUGGAUGAUUGAAAGAACUUCAGUGAUUUUGGUUUAUGGAUUUUGUAGCUUAUAUUAUCUUGGAUUAGAUGUGCUUAUUUGACAGAAGAAAGAAACAGCACAUAGAUAAUGAAUGCUUAAAUAUGAAAACAAAAUUUAUCUCAA